AUGCUGCGCUUCUUGUGCCUUCCCGGAGCCUACGGCAGCUCGGACAAAUUACAAGUUCAACUUGCCCCCAUUCUGAAGGAGCUCACCGAAGACGGCACCGCGCAAUUCCACUUCAUUCAGGGCCCCUGCAAGGCUGUGCCGCCUCCUGGCUUUGAGGACUACUUCGGCGCCCCUCCUUACUACCGCUUCAUUGAGCCUGAUAGGGAUGUCGAGAAGUCUAACAGCGACGAUGUCCUCGCCCGCAUCCGUGACUUCCCUCAGUGCGAGACUCCAGAGGACACCAUGAGGGAUCUUAUGAGGGAAGGUAUCGCCACGACGCACCGCAGCACUGACAGAGCCAUCAAGUACCUGGCCGAUAUCGCGGCCAAACGCGGCCCCUUUGACGGCAUCAUUGGCUACUCCGAGGGUGCCACCGUGGCCUCGACCUUUAUGCUUUACGAGCAGCGUCGCUUCAAGCGCUCCGGCAUCAAGCCGACUUUCAAGUACGGCAUCUUCUUUGCCGGCUGGCCGCCCGUCGACCCCAAGACCCACGCUCUCGUCCUCUCCGACGAGACGGACGAGAGGAUCGAGGCUCGGACCUUGCACAUCAUCGGAUCCUUGGAUCCUUAUGUCGAUGGCUCCACGGCCCUGUACAACAUGUGCGACCCUGACACUGCCUAUCUCUUCGACCACGCCAAGGGCCACACGCUUCCCCGUGACAAAGAUACCAUCAAGGAGCUUGGAGACAUCGUCCGCCAGACAAAAGCCGAGAUGCAAGAGGAGGGGAUCCUGUCAUCGUCGUAG